UACUCGUUUCGUUAAGUUUGUCCUUUCGGGCGCUCCGUAGAUCUCCGACAUAUUGUUUGUGAGGAGCGAUUUCUUGAAGACCCUGAGGGAGCGAAGAUUAUUUCCUUUAGAUCAUCACAGGGCGUUAAAACUGCUUACCUUGUAAAGUCAGCAAGAUGGAGCCGUCAGCGAGUCCUGCGAAGGAUAACUACAGGAUGAACCGCUACAAGAACAAAGCGCUCAAUCUGGAGGAGAUGCGCCGGAGACGAGAAGAGGAAGGCAUUCAGCUGAGGAAACAGAAAAGAGAACAGCAGCUGUUUAAGAGGAGAAAUGUGGAGUUGCUGAACGAGGAAGGAGGAAUGUUUGACAGCCCUCUCAUGGACGCUUAUGUCAGCUCCAGCACAGCACCAGAAGGAGUCAUAACAAGAGACAUGGUGGAAAUGCUCUUCUCAGAUGAUCCUGAACUGCUGCUGGUUACCACUCAGAAAUUCAGAAAACUACUGUCCAAAGAACCGAACCCACCCAUCGAUGAAGUUAUCAGCACUCCAGGAGUCGUAAACAGAUUUGUAGAGUUCCUUGAAAAAAGCACUGAUUGCACAUUGCAGUUUGAAGCAGCCUGGGCACUGACCAACAUCGCCUCUGGGACGUCUCAACAAACUAAAUUUGUGAUCGAGGCAGGUGCUGUGCCAGUGUUCAUCCAGCUGCUCAACUCUGAGUUUGAGGACGUCCAAGAACAGGCGGUGUGGGCAUUAGGGAAUAUUGCAGGAGACAGUGCCAUGUGCAGAGACUUCGUACUGAACUGCAAUAUCCUUCCACCACUGUUAACGCUGCUGACCAAAUCAACUCGUCUCACAAUGACCAGGAAUGCUGUGUGGGCGCUGUCCAACCUCUGCAGAGGCAAAAGUCCACCACCCGACUUUGAAAAGGUGUCUCAGUGCCUGCCCGUGCUGUCCCGCCUGCUGUUCAGCAGCGAUCCCGAUCUGCUGGCUGACGCUUGCUGGGCUCUGUCCUACCUCUCAGACGGACCCAACGAGAAGAUCCAGGCAGUGAUCGACUCAGGAGUCUGCAGGAGGCUCGUAGAACUGCUCAUGCACUCUGAUUAUAAAGUGGCUUCUCCAGCUUUGAGAGCCGUUGGGAACAUCGUCACUGGAGAUGACAUUCAAACACAGGUGGUAUUGAACUGCUCGGCUCUCCCAUGCCUCCUUCACCUGCUCAGUAGCGCAAAGGAAUCCAUCAGGAAGGAAGCCUGCUGGACCAUCUCCAACAUCACGGCAGGAAACCGAGCUCAGAUACAGACGGUCAUCGACGCAAACAUCUUCCCAGUGCUGAUAGACAUCCUCCAGAAAGCCGAGUUCCGCACCAGGAAAGAAGCAGCAUGGGCCAUAACUAACGCCACGUCAGGUGGCACGCCCGAGCAAAUCCGGUAUCUGGUGAAUUUGGGCUGCAUUAAGCCCUUGUGCGAUCUGUUGACAGUGAUGGAUUCUAAGAUCGUGCAGGUCGCUCUGAACGGACUGGAGAACAUUCUGAGACUGGGAGAGCAGGAAGCCAAGCAGAACUGCAGCGGCCUCAACCCUUACUGCAGCCUUAUAGAGGAGGCCUAUGGCCUGGACAAGAUUGAGUUCCUUCAGAGCCAUGAGAACCAGGAGAUCUACCAGAAGGCCUUCGAUCUCAUCGAGCACUACUUUGGCGUGGAGGAGGAGGACACCAGUCUGGCUCCGCAGGUGGACGAGAACCAGCAGCAGUACCUUUUCCCUCAGCAGGAGGCCCCCAUGGAGGGCUUUCAGCUCUAAUCAACCUCCCAACACUCGGUUAGGCUCCGUACGAUGCGUCCAGGUCCUUCCCGUGCCCGUAUCUGUACUGCAGGCUGUAUCCCAUGUGCCCUCAGCAGAUUAAUCUAGACAGACCGUGAGGAAGCGCGCUGCCUGCAGAUGAACUUUACCACUGUUUUCACUCACACAAGACUUCAGGAGCUGGGCUUUUAUUUCAUUUUAUUCUGUCUUAAUUUAAGUAGUGCCACUUACAGAUUGGCUCUGGGUUAAAAAAAAAAAAAAGUAUUUUCCUUUUCUAAAACUACCUUACUGGGCACACAUUCCCAACACAAUCUCAUAAACCUGGUGUUUUCUCCUGCUUCAUUUGUCUUGAUUUUUAAGCCCACAUGUGCAGGCCUUUGGAAAACGAUGUGCUUCAGAUAGUUCUUAGACAUGGCUUUAUACUAAGACGAAGGUAACUUGUCAUUGAAAGACACACUUCACACACUUUUCAGAGGCUUUAUGCACUUUAGAUAAGACUGUCUUCUCUCUCUCCUUCUGUUCCUUACUCUGUAAUUUUUGGUUUGGAAGUUAAAGACUGAAAUUCAUCCUGCAGUGUUUAAAAUGAUAUCCAGGGUAGUGGUAUUUGAAAGGCAGAAUAAUUAGUCGUCUACUGUUUGUGGUGUGCGGUGUUCUGGUGUUCUGAAUACCUGUAGAUUUGCAAUCCCAUUCGAUUUAUUAAUUAAAGAAGAAGAGUGCAUAGCGUAGGGCUGGGGUUUCACAAAGCUUUAGCACAAAGUUGAAUCAUUUGGUUUGGGCGUGUGGUUCCGUACCGACACAGCCAAUGUGCUUUCCCUUUAAGUAGUUUGGGGUUUGGUUUCUUUUUCUUUUUCUUUUUGGCUCUGUAAUUGCAGCCUGGUAUAAGUAGGUGGUGCAGACUGUGUUAAGAUCUUUUUUCAGAGUUAGGCCUUUGCAUGGUUUUGUAUCAUUCUAUCAACAGUUCCAGUGUAUCCCUUGCCAGGUUUUUCGAUUCUAUUAAUCAGCGAUCAAUAACAUUUAACGAUUGCACUUGUCCUUACGCUCUUGUUGCUUGGUUUUCAGUCAUUUUCUUUGAAAGUGUUUAUUUAAUUAGUUAUUUACAUUUAGGGGCAAUUUAACAAAGAUGGCAAGGGAUACAUAAAUUGUUUUAUUUAAAAAAAAAAAAAAAAAAAAGAGCUAAACUGUAGGCGAAAUAUAUACAUAUAUAUAUAUAUAUAUACACACACACACAGGAAUAUAAGGCUAUAUAGUUGCACACACCUCUUGCACACAAAACAACACGGAGGAGAAAACUGCUUCUGGAACUCUCUUCCACAGCUUUUCUGAUUUCACUGCUCAUGUUCAUUCAUAUGUUCAUUUUUGGGUACUGCUCAGAGGCCAAAAUGCGAAGUUCUGUCCUAUUUUCACGCAGCACGUACGUGUUAAAAGCAGAUUUGAAUCUAAAUCUUGAGUUCCGAAGCAUUUUUCUCCUCCGUGUACACUACACUGACUCGUGCGUGCGUGCGUAACUGAGUAAAGGUUUGAGAGCGGCGAGCGACGGAUGAGGAACGAGACAGUGACUGACGGAUGUUCCGUGAAGCGGCGGGAAGAACUUUCGAUCGUAAUCUGGUAGCUUUCAUCACUUCCGAUGUUAGCGGUGAAACUUUAUAGUAUAUAUAGUUAGCUGAGUAUGUGCUCUACGUGUAUAGACAUAUAUAACAAGUUUGUGUCGUCCACUUUUUGGUGUAAUGCAUGAUCAGCGUCGAGGACGAUGUGCUAGCAUCCAUGAGUAUUUUGGUCAAGCUGAGAUUUUUGAACAUCUUGGUGUUUCAGCUAAAUAUGGAUAUCUUUUAUUAAAAUCGUGCCUGAACCUCAAUUUUCCUGAACUGUGCUGUCACUCACCAGAGAAUUUUUAUUUUUACAGGUCUUCUGAUUCAUAAAAUUAACUGGAAAGUUCAGAUACAUUUUUGACCAUGUUUAUAGAUUUGUUUACAUUUUCAUCCCAAUUCCGUUUAUAUUGACUGAUGCUUGAGAGGCUCGUGUUUAUCAGUUUAUCAUCACAGAGCGAAUCUUCUGGUGAGUGAUGGCAUUCCAUAAAGGCAAAAUUGAGGUUAAUGUCAGAGCAUGAGAACUGUUUGGAGCGGAAAAUUAUAGUUGAAAAGUUGACUAUAAUUAAAGGAAAUUCAAACAUUUUGAGCCGUAGUGAAAGUGCUGGUGAAAUCUUUGCUCGUGUUCUUUGCCUUUAGUGGUUCAGCUCUGCUUGUGCGGUUUGUGACAUUUUCUUGUGCGUAGUGCAUGAAAAUGUAAGCUGUGUCCCAUAACAUGGCGUUCAGCAUCUGUAAACGUUUCCAUUUUACGCUGAAGUUUACAGUUUCACAGUUCUACUCACCCUCGCAACAACUUAAAGGAAAAAUCCACCCUGAUUGACUUCAUAUCAGUCUUUUAUAUAAUUUGAGCUUCAGUGGCGACAGUAAGUUAGUUUACACUUCUUUCGUUGACACGUUGGUCUGUUUUCACUUUGGUUAACAGUUUCCUACCCACAAUGCCAUUCAGCUAGCUGCUGAUAGUGGUGCAGUGGGGGUUAAAAUCUCUACCUAAAGAGACUGAUGCAGAGGCGCUUUAGUCUGCACAUCUCUCUCUCGCCUCCUCUUCUGUUUGAGCAGAGUGUACAGAUCAGCUUCCAGAGCUCUAGCUUUGAUCCUUAUGUCGUCAUCGUGCUAGUCAUCUCUCAGAUUGCUAACUAGCCGAGCCAUAACUCUGCCUCAUAUGACUGAGUCCAGCGUUUACCGUCUCCACUACUUCUCCAUUUGAUUUCUCUUAAAUAUGACUUUGAACAUCACUGGAAAAGGACGAGUGAGAGAAGAAGCUCUUGCUCUUUUGUUUUUCACAGCAAGGACCUGACUGUAAUCCCUUAUGUUUGAGAUCACUGAAAUUGUCAAUCCAGUUGCAUGUAGGGCUGAAAACGCAUUUUACUUUCAUUGGUCAGUAAUACAACGGUGGAGAGAGUAAACAAACCUUUACCAGGUGUGUGUAGAAAUCAUAAAAUUCCCCCAAGCAUGGAGUACACAGCGCCAAUAAAUUACUAGCUAAUUAUAGAAAAAACUAGUUUAAAACAUUCUGUGUAUCUCCUCUACUCCUGUUCUCUUUGUGUUCAUCUGUACAAAUCUUCACAACGCGUAGCAAAAGGGUUCGAUUCAAAUGGACAAAACACUGCAUGUGCGAACGCUUCCUUAAACACUGUUGUAUCGGCGCUAACGAUGACACCAUGUGACCUCAGUGCGGUCCACAACCACGACUUCUCACAGGAAUAAAGAAAACACUGCAUCAGCUAACAAAGUAGCACCAGACUCACUGAACACGUCACACGUAUUUCAAUAUAAACACGUUAAAUGUGUUUCAGGGUGGACUUUUCCUUUAAGUGCAAGUUUUUGUAAACUUGUUUAGAGUAAUUAUAUAAAAUCGUGGUUCCAGCUGUUCGGUCCCUUGCUUCGGUAAACAACACAAUUUAUCACUGAGAUCAAGUAAGAUUUAUUUUAACGUAAAGGCUGAUAAAGCUAGGGGAAUCGCUGAACCAUGUGAUCCAUGUGGAACUGGAGUAUACAGAUACGCUUUUGCUCUUGGAGCUUUCUGUGCAUCUUUUUUGGGGGGAGAAAAAAAAAACUGCUUGACCAGAUUACAUUGCACUUAAAGGGAUACUGCAGCUAUCUGUACACGUGUAGAUAAAGGGGUUACCAGGAAGAGGUUUAGUUAUAAAAUAUAUACGCGACUUUCCUCUGUCUGAGAGACUAUUGGUGGAGGGGGCGGGGGUAAUCAUGACACGGAAAGAAAUAAACAAAUUAAUUAAAAAAAAAUGCAAAUGCACUCCUUUUCACAAAAGUGCCAAUCAGACCAACGAAGACUGGUGGCUGAUGAUGUAUAUCGAUUCAUCUGAUAAAUUUUUUUUUUCCUCAUUUCUUUAUUUACUUGAAUGUGCACGUAUUUGUGCAGAUGUUGCUGCUCUCUUAUUUUCAUAUCUUAUAGUAAUCACAUUAAGCGGUUACAUUAUCUUGAGUAGUUUCUGUAGACAUGUGACGGUCUGCUGUUUGUACACCAAAUUGGUAAACUGAAAAAAUAAAUUUAAAUGCUAAUUUAAUUUAAAUUAUGCUGGACUAAUUUACAAUUUUUUUUAAUCAAGUUUUUUUUUUUCUUUCUUUCUUUCUUUUUUUUUUUUUUUUUUUUUUUGCUUUGAUUGCAUUAAAAAAAAAAAAGUACCCUUUUCAUACUGAGAUCCAAAUAUCAUAGGAGAAAUGUCAUUCUUUUUUUUUUUUUUUUUUUUCUGCAGCGCUGUGUUUAUGAUGUUGCUUGCAUUUAUACAGUUUCGAAAUCUCUAAUUCUACAGCAGUGUGUAAGCAAUCAGGUCUUCUCAAUCGCUGAAAAUUCGAUCUGAACAGGUUUAACUUUCAGGGAAUGAACGCAGGUAGAGCUGUCACCUGCAGCAACCGCUCAAAAAUCUGUCACGUGCAGGGAAUACACGAAGCUUCAGUUCAGGCUGAAGCACGUCCUUUAGAGAGAUUAUCAGAUCAGGGCUUCAGAAAUCGAAUGCAAGUUGCAUUUCGAUCAGAAAAUUAUGCAGACCUGUUGUGGACAAGUUGUUGUAUCGGCACAAUUUCCUGAUGCUCUCCCUGAUUAAACACUGACUUCCAAGAAGUGCAAAAAUUGCUAAAGGCCACAUAUGUACAGUCAAGGCUUUCUGGUCUUCCGUCCUAGAUCUUGUAGAUGAUUAUAUCUUCGAGACUUUUUGUCUCCUCCAAAUCUGAAGCCUAAUGCUUGGCUCUAUCGUCAAAAAUAAGUUUAAAAAAAAAAAAAAAAAAAUUUAAAGGCAAACUCAUAUGUUUACAAUGCUACAUGUUUCUUCAUAUUAAAUUGUCAAUCCAUUCAUCUUGCCCUGGUGGAGUUUUGUGUCCUGGUCCUGUAAUUUCUUUUUUAAAAUGUAUUUAUAAAUCUGUUUUCCUCCUCCUUUUGCCAACUAUUACCCAUCUCAUACUGUGACUGACUUGACUUUACCGACCGUAUGAAUGAGCGACACACGUGAAAAACAUGAACAUGUACAUUAACAAUACUGUACAAAUGUUUUAAAGAGAUUUAAAAGGUUUGUCCAGAAUGCAAAUAACAUGCAAAAAAAAAUAAAGAAAAAGAAAUAUUGCAUUGUC